AUGGAUGGCAUUGUGAACCGCUUCAGCAACGGAGCUCAUUCCACCUUGUCGGUAAAUGGCGAACAGUCGACUCGAUCAAUUUCCUUGCGCAUGGCCUCCUCUAUGCUUCCUUUAAGUCGAUCCCCUUGGGUACCUUGCCCGUGGGGCAGAUUAGGAGAUUGGGCUUGUGAGGAUUCCUCUAAAGCUUGCCGCCGCGUGUUGGUCCACGAGCGGGCUGGUGAGCAUCGAUCAACAUCUUCUGCCUACACGGAGGGUUGCUCGGGUCGACUUCAAUUGCCGCUGGCUAACUUCUUCCUCAGCUCUCAAGGGUCGAUCCCCUUGGUUGACCUGCCCGUAGGGCCAGAUGAGAAGGUUGAGCUUGGGAGGAUCCCUCUACAGCUUGCUGCCGCGUGUUGGUCCUCAAGCGGGCUGGUGGGCGUUGAUCGUUGCGCUCAUCACGCGACUGCUCACAAACUUGAGCUCUUUGUGGGCCCAAGCGGGUGUGGACAUUGGACUGUGGGCCUAGCCUCUCGAGCACAUUGGUCCUUCUACCUAGCCCCGAACGGCUCAGAGUACAGAUUGCAGUUGUCUGCAUGUCGUCUACACAAUCUCGUCCUCUUCCCUGCCCGUUUGCUCCCGUCUGACCAGCCUGGGACCUCUCAAACUGCUCGCCGGCUUGCUCGUGCAUCCUCCUCUCCUUGUCACUAG